UGAACUUGUGAGGUUUAUGCAUGUGUGUGAGUGCGGUAUCUUAGGUCAGUGAAAUAGCCUGAAUUUAUGAUUCCGGGCUCAGAUCUUUAAUGAGAGACGAAACCCCGAGAUUAUUAAGUUUUUAGAAACCCUUCCGGAUCAUCCAUUACUCUAAUAUUUCAAAUAUUGAGUUCCGUGAUACAUCAUGCCGUCAAACAACCCGCUCCCUGCCAAGGAGAACUCCUUGUUCAAAAGGAUUUUGAAAUGUUACGAACUGAAGCAGUAUAAAAAUGGGUUGAAAUUUGCCAAACAAAUUCUAUCAAAUCCAAAAUUUUCGGAACAUGGAGAAACCUUGGCCAUGAAAGGCUUGAUCCUAAAUUGUCUCGGCCGCAAAGCAGAAGCAUACGACCAUGUAAGGCGAGGCCUCCGCAAUGACCUUCGCUCCCAUGUUUGCUGGCACGUCUAUGGUCUACUCCAGCGUUCGGAAAAGAAGUAUGAUGAGGCUAUCAAAUGCUAUCGUAAUGCUUUAAAGUGGGAUAGGGACAAUAUUCAAAUUUUGAAAGAUCUGUCCCUUCUGCAAAUUCAGAUGAGAGAUCUUGAAGGCUACAGGGAUACCCGCUAUCUACUUUUUAUCUUGAGACCUGCCCAAAGACUCUCCUGGAUUGGAUUUGCCAUGGCAUAUCAUCUACUGAAUGAGUACGAAAUGACUUUGAAAAUCUUGAAAACGUUCUUAACUGUCUCGACGGCAACUGAUUUUGAGCAUAGUGAAUUGUUGCUGUACCAAAAUAUGGUAUAUCAAGAGCAGAAAGCGUACGACGAAGCAAUCAAACACCUAGAUCGGUAUAAUUUGAUAAUGUACGAUAAGCUCGCUGUCAAUGAAACUUACGGCGAUCUUUACCUGAAAGUUGGCAAGCAUGAGGAAGCACAACAGCACUACAUAGAGCUCAUCGAGAGGAACCAAGAGAACGUUGAGUAUUAUAAAAAACUUCAAGAGGCGAUGAAAUUGAUCAGCGAUGAGGAGAAGUUUGACAUGCUUAAAUCUUAUUGCGAGAAGUAUCCCCAUGCUCAUGCGCCUAGAAGACUAGCUCUUAAUCAUUGCCAAGGUGAUAAAUUUAAGCAAGAGAUAGACCAAUAUUUGCGGAGAGGGCUACACAAAGGCGUCCCACCUUUAUUCGUAGAUAUCAAUUCAUUGUACAAUGAUCCUGUCAGAGUUACCACAGUAGAAACUUUGGCAGAGUCCUAUGUAGAAGCUCUGAAGAAAACUGGAUACUUUAGUUUUGAAGAUGCUGAAAAGGGAGACAGUCCUAAAGAGCCUGCCUCUGCGCUUCUGUGGACAUAUUACUUCUUAGCCCAACACUAUGACUUCCUUCGGAACACCGAAAAGGCGUUGUACUACAUAGACUUAGCAAUCGAUCACACGCCUACAUUAAUAGAGUUAUUUGUGAUCAAAGGAAAAAUUCACAAGCACGCCGGUGAUGUAGAAGAAGCUUACAAAUGGUUAGAUGAAGCCCAAGGCUUGGAUACAGCAGAUAGAUACAUUAAUUCAAAGUGUGCGAAGUACAUGCUCCGAGCAAAUCUAGUGCAGCAAGCAGAGGAAAUGUGUUCCAAAUUCACGCGCGAAGGUGUUUCCGCAAUGGAGAGUCUGAAUGAAAUGCAGUGUAUGUGGUUUCAAACAGAAUGUGCCUUGGCCUACCAAAGAUUAAAGAAAUGGGGAGAAGCCCUGAAAAAAUGUCAUGAAGUUGAUAGGCAUUUCACUGAAAUUUUUGACGAUCAAGUAGACUUUCACACAUACUGUAUGCGCAAAAUGACAUUGCGUUCGUAUGUUGGUUUAUUGCGAUUAGAAGACGUUCUACGUUCGCAUCCGUUUUACAUCCGCGCCGCGAUAUGUGCCAUCUCUGUGUACCUUCAUCUGGAAGACAAACCUCUGAACAGCAGUCAAAAUGAACAUCAUCAAAAUACAGAGAACCUGACGCCGGUGGAGUACAAGAAGCUGAAGCUGAAGCAGAAGCGGGCGAGGAAGAAGGCCGAGAAGGAGAAGAAGGAGGCGGAGGCGGCGGCGGCGGAGAAGAAGGAGGCGGAGGCCCCGCAGCAGCAGCAGCAGCAGCGCCCAAGGAAGCCCGGCAGACACGCCGCCGCCGACGUCGAGCAGGACGCCCCCAAGCUCGAGAAACUCGUCCCCGAAAAACUAGCCAAGGUUGACGAUCCUCUGGAACAAGCCAUAAAAUUUUUAAAACCUCUACAACUUCUAGCCUCUAACCGUAUUGAAACUCACCUAAUGGCCUUUGAAAUUUACUUUAGAAAAGAAAAGCCAUUGAUCAUGCUCCAAAGUAUAAAACGAGCCCACCGUUUGAACCCUAGCGAUCCUGCUCUUCAUUCUUGCCUCGUACGUUUUCUCCUGUGGCGAUCGAACAACAAAGAAUCAUUGGAUCCCAGUGUGAAUGUGGUCAUCGAUAGCACCCUAAGUCAAUUAAUUGGUAAUGUCACUGAUGCACACGAGCUUAAUUCACAGUUCCUUCAGAAAUAUUCAAAUUCUCUUCCAGCACUUUUUGAAGGUAGCAAAAUGAUGUAUCUACUAGACUCAUCAAGGAAAGAAGAAGCUGUAUCUUUAGCCACAAAACUUGAUGACAAGCUAGAAGGGAUUAGUAUACCGCUCUGUACAAAAAUAGUGGAAUCUUUACAAGAAGGAGUAUUCGGAAGCUGUGAAAAAGAGAGCGAGGAAUACAAGAAGCUUUGUCACGCACGGUACCCAUUAGCUACAGCAUUCAAACCAGUCAGCUCUGAAAGCGCUUCGGAUAGUAGCAUCUCAGAAAGCCAGGGCCAGGGAGCCAGGGUGUUUACGUAAUUGAUACUUCCCUACCUCACAACUUCAUCGAUGAUAACUGUGGAGGGGUAUCAACUGACAACAUUGGCGCGAUAACGGCUUUAGUCAUUGGAUAGGAGUCUCGUCAUCUCGGAGGAGGGAACUCAGUGGUGUUUUGUGGUGUUGUUAUUGUUACCCUGCGAAACUCUCUCACUUUAGUUUAAUUUUUACUAAUUUAAGAAUUGGUUUUUAUUACGUAUUACUUUCUGUUGGCGACUUUUCGCUAACAAUAAAGCUGAACUUUUUUUUUAUUAUUGUUCAUUCUUGUUAUUGGUAAUCGGACUUUUGUGAAUUCGUUCCCAUGUUCGUUAUUUUCUUGUUCAGUUUUAUUUUUUUUUCCUUUUUUUCUUAUAAUUCAGUAAGUGAGGAGAAUCAACUUGACAUACCCUUUCAGUUUUUUAACGCAUGUUCAUGAUUUGGAAGCUCUUUGUGUUUCAUUGAAAAAGUAGUGAUAAGUAUUCACACUGUCGAUGGCAAUGAAGGUAUGACUCUUCAGUGUAUCUUUGACUUGUUCUGUUGUUAGCUGCUGUGUUCUUCUGUAUACAUGCAUCUUUAUUUUUGUCAGAAUCAUCAGAAAUCUCAAAUGUUAAUCAACUUGAGUCGAAGCAGAACUCUUAAACCCACUAAAUAGCUGGGCUCAUGUAAUCUUUAUGUAACCAGGUUUCGUAUUCACAUUGCUUGAUGCUUUGAGUAUUGGGACUGUCAUAUUGAAGAUAACAACGGGGAAACUCCAAAACCAUGUACCACGUUUGCAGCAUAUCCCUUAUCUUCAUCCUAAUUUUACUUCAAUAAAGGAGAACAUAUCAAUUUACCUCCUGGAAGUUUGCGCAGAAUUUUAUUUUCACUAAGGAAAAUGAAAGAAGUUUUGAAGAAUUAAUUUAGAAUGGUUUCCAAUUUAAAAAAUAAAUUAUGACAGGAAGUCUGCAACGAUGCAAAAACUGAGAUACAUGGUUUGUUAGUUUCACUGUCGAUGUUGAAUUUUAAUGUGAAGUUUUGUGUCGACUACAUACCUGAAGAAUAUCUUUUCUGCUUCAUUGUUCAAGGAAAUGCUCUGAUAUCUGAAGAAAAGUUAUCAAGUGUUAGUACUCCUCUGCGUGAAAUCCAAAUUGAUGAUUGAGCUUAGGGAACAACUUUUUUUCGCAAGGUUUUUUCAACUUUUUCUGUCAUUCCAUCACAAUAUUUUAAAAAGUACCAUUCACCGUAAACUAGAGGUUGAGAAAUUCAUACAAAGUUGAAGGUUAAAGUUUGCAGUCUCAUUUUGAAUAUGAAUGAAAGAAAUUCCGGAAUUUUUACAUAUUUCCCUGUUGGGUUCCUUUUGUAAAAACAUGAAGGAAGUGACAAAUGCUUUAAAGAUAUAAAUGCGCACACCAAUAUCUGCCGUCUUCAAGACUUUUUUUGUUAAUCCUUCUGUAGUGCUUAAGGCAGGUUCUCCCUUAUCAUAUUCUUCAUUACCGGAGCUUUGACUCGCAAGAUGCUGGAUUAAAGUUAUCUUUCGUGUAGGAAAUGUUCACUGGAAUAAUUAUAUGGGUUCAACUUUGUAAUGUUUUUCCUCAUAUUAUGUUCACUCUCUAUAAAUGGAAAAGAACAAGACAUUUUUUUAUGUAGAAAUCACCUUCAUAACUGUCCAUUUUAUCAUUUAUUGAAAUUUGUUAGAUCAUUCAAUACUAGAAGACGCCAUUCCAUAAUAACUGCAAGAUGACUUCAAGAUUGUGCAAAACAACAAUCCAUUAAACAUCCAUUCGAUGAACAGAACACAGUGCAACUUUCAUUAUCUCUUCUAAAUUUCACAAGGAAAAUGGGAAGUCUGAAGAUCAAAUCCUAGACAAGAUGUAUGUUGAAACGAGAGAAGCUGUUGAACGGCUUUUUGGCACGGAGUGUUAACAAUUAGCAUUGAUUGAACAGCAAAAAUGAAAAUUAUAUCAUCUGUGUAUUCUAACUUCCAUUCGAACAGAAUAGAAUCUCACCGAGUUACAUUUCAGAAAAAAAAUGAGUUUGGAG